AUGAGCAAACGAAAGCGGACCUGGACCGACGAGGCAUCGGAAACUUUGCCGGAGUCGAGCUCUCGAGGAGCUGAUCAUGAUGAUUCGAAGGACCAGAGCGUGUUGGAUGUUUUGCCGGGGAUUACCCGAAAAAUUACUGCGUGUGGCGCAUGUAGGAAACAGAAGAUCAAAUGUGAUAUGACCGAUGGUCCACCUUGUACGCGAUGUCGUCGGCGCGGGUUGUCUUGUGUAUUGAAUAAGAGUUUGCAGUCCCUAGUAGAGGAGGUAAAGAACACGGAGCUUCUCCAGAACGACGUUCAAGGGAUACAUGAAGUUCUCGAUUCUAUCUGUCAACAUCUCAGCCUACCAAGGCCAAAGCCACUUCUGACUACUGGGGAACCCUCCCAAGGCGAUGGAAAUACUGAUCAUCAAGAGGUGUUGGAGCGGGAUCAGGAAGACCUAGAUGGCUGUGAAAUAUCGCCACCCGACACACCAUCUGCUGUUCAAGCUCCAAUCGACACUUUCCUAGAUAUCGCCAAAUUCGGCAGUCCUGGAUCGUCAGACAACACCCCUCCCAGCACAACCCGUCCAAGACAGCAUGCAGUGCCUCAGGAUCUCAUCAAUAAAGGAGUUAUCACCCCAACGGUGGCACAAGCGCUUGUCGAACGAUACCUGACCCAUCUAGAUCCCUAUCUAUAUGGGAUAUGUUGUGGUUAUCAAGAUCUUGCGCAGUUCCGAAGUACGUCGCCUGUAAUGUUCGCUGCAGUGUGCACAGUAGCUGCCUUACAAGAUCCAAACGGUCAAUCGCUGUACGAAUCCUGCAAUCGUGAAUUCAGGCGCCUUGUUUCUCGAUCUCUAUUUGAGAAGCAUGACCUGGAGUAUGUCCGAGCCUUAUGUAUCAGCUCCUUCUGGCUUUCGGACGCGUCCAGGAUCCUAUCCAGUGAUGCCAUCCGCCGCGCAGCUGAUAUGCGCUUGCAUCGCAGUUUCGACCAUCUUACCACUCCCAUGGAUCCAAGGUUACUGCCCGGGGGCGCUCCAGCAGUAUCAACGCCGAUCGAGGUCGGGGCAAUGAAAGACCGUGUCAGGCUCUGGUAUUUGAUCUUCAUCUCAGACCAGCACCUCUCCAUUCUCCACAAUCGAGAUCCGCUUUUGCGCAAUGAUAAGGAGAUUGCUAUGAGCUGGGAAACAUUCUUAGCUCGGGACGACACAACAGACUCUGAUAUACGACUCAUAUCACAAGUUGCUCUCUUGGUAAUCAUGAGCCAAGUUCGUGAUUUGCUAGGCUCUGACAAAGAAGCUCGCUUACCACAAUCUUUAUCAAACCAAAUCACUCAUUACUCCCGUCAGCUUGAUCGAUGGUUCGCCAAAUUCUUUGCUUUAUUCAAGCCAGAUCCAAAUAUCGGCGAUUUCCCCAAGUGUGGCCUACAAUUACAUUACCACUUUGGGAAGCUUUACCUUGGGCACCAAGUCUUCAAAGGGUUGAACGGCGAUGACAUCCCACCUCAUUUUUUGACUGCAGCAAACAUGGCACACGAUGCCGCUGUUGCUAUCUUUGAAAUGAUACUACACCAGGAGCAGCUUCGACGUAGUUUGGUUGGAAUGCCUCAUUACUUUCAUAUCAUGAUUGCAUUUGCAGGCUACUUCUUGCUAGAAGUCACCAAGAACUACCAUGCUCGGCUCUCAAUUGACCCGAGUCAAGAUUUUGAAUUGAUCGGAAAGGUUUUGGGGCUAUUCCAAGAGACUCCAAGUAUCCAGCAGCAUCCGAUCUGUCGCAUGACUCCAGGGUUGACUCGCAAGUUGCAUGAAUGUAUAGCUUCGCUACAACGGAGUGGCGAGGAAAUAAUUACCUCCUUGGCAGUUGCAGUGGGCCCGAUGGACUAUCCAGCGCAUAAUGUGCAAGAUUCAAUGCAUCCACCACCCGGGCCCUUUUCUUUUACUGGAGAGUCAUUCGUUAAUCCUGGAGAUGACUUCUUACUGGCUGACUUUGGAGAGUUUACUUUUCCGGGAAUGAUGUCGAAUGGUGUCACUUAG